UCUCUUUCUCUGAUGAUGAUGUGAAAGAGAGGUGGGUGUAUAGCAGGGUGGGAGGAGGCAACGGCGACUUUUAGAAAGUUCUAAAAUAUCAGAUCUGAUCAGUGCUCUAUGAGUGUAGUCGCACGUGUGAGAAGAAACAGGCAAGAAAAAUGGUCGCACCGGUGGUGAACAAUAUAACCGAUCAAAAGGGGAGCAAUGGACCGGCAGUACCCUUCGGGGAGGGACUUAUCGACAAUGCCACUCGUCGGAGGUCUAGAAAUGACCAAAUCUACACGGCAUUGAGUUUCUUCCUUAUCGGAGGGCUUUUAAUUGCUUACUACAUGUAUCUUCACCUGGAAUAUGUAACGCCGAUAUCACACCAUCUUCCGCAUGGAACCGGUACACUGAUGAGACUACUCAUGCACGCGAUAUUGCCGUCAUGCCUUUAUGCACUGGUCUUAUUGGGAGUCACCAGGAUCGUGAUUUAUGUGUGCUUUUUCGUACUGAGGCUAUUCCCGAUGCUGUCGGUGAUGAUGGACGUCACCGUAAUCGCGUCCCUCGUAAUCAUAACUGCCUGGAGAUUCUCCUCGACCGAUGUGCUCAGGGGUUACGACGGGCCGAUCAUCGUCGGCUCGCUGGUGGCCGUGGCCUUGGUCUUCCAGCUGCCGGCGACUAAGCGCGCCGUGGCCAUCGCCGCGCAGACCGUGCUGGCCUCGGCCAAUCUGCCGGACUUCAGACUCCCGGUCUGCAAGGACGCCGUUUACGCUGCCUACGGGGCCUGGUACUGGACGCGGCCGCGACGAAACAUACCGCACACGGAGAUCAACGAGCAUCUCCGCGCGGUUCGUCGCUUCAACUGGGGCACCAUGGCGCUACCUCGCCUCGUCGUGGCCAUCGGCGAGAGCCUCUUCAAUACCGAGUCGGGCAAUCGCUGCAGACGCUUCCGCAGCCUGAUGCGCGAAGAGCCCUACAUCAUCGCCAGCGUGCAAGGCCACGACAUCAGGACUGCGGCCGAACAGUUCGAGGCCAACGAGGAUCGCCGAAACAAGUCCAUGCCGAAUCUGCGAUCCUUGGGCGUGGAGCGUUUCAUGAUUACCACGAUCUCUUGGAUGAUGAUGAUACGCAUACUAAUCGUAUCGACUAUCUACAUCCAGAUCACGUUUCUCUUAUUAGGAACCACUGUCCUUUACAAAAUGUUCAUGUUCACACCGGUGCUACCUAUUUUGGAUGUGUGCUUAUUUAUGUACAUCUACCAUAGUAGAUUCGUAAGAGGAGCCAUGACGAUCAUCGAGUGCGCCAAGCAAGACAUUCAGUUGAACGGCCUUGCUUUUGAGCACCUGACCCCGGAGAUGAAGAAAGUUUUUGUGAAAGAAAACAGCAUCUCCAAUUGUUAAAGUGAUUGAUUUUAAAUAGUUUUUUAAGGGAUCAAAAGGAUAUCGAUUGCAGUAAAUUGAUGUCUGUUUUUUUAAUAGUUAUUACUUUUAAUUCUGUUAUUAUGUAACUAUAUAUAACUGCGUUAUAAAUAUGAUGAUUCACUACAAUCGAAAAUAAUGCAUAAGAUAAAUGUAUGCAACACAAACAAACAUUUUGACUGAUCCUGUACUUAGUUAUAAUAUAUUACAUUUAUAAUAUAAUUUAAUUAAUUAUGAACUAAGCCAAUUUACCUCGAUAAUUCUGUAGGUCAAACACAGUUUUUUUCUAUUAACGAAUCAGUUAUUUGUGAUAAUUUGAUUACUUAAUUGUACACAAAUAUCGGCAGAAUA